CGACAUGGUUAUAUGGAAGGAGUGAAGCUGUAGCCUCCAUUGCCGAAAAGACAACUGCAGCAUGGAAACACACGGCGUCCUCAUCCUGUCUGCUGUGGGCUUCUGUUUGUUUCUGCGUGUACAAGGUCUACAAUGCCCCCAGAGUUUCGUCCUGCAUGGGAAAUCCUGCUACUGGUUCUCCCCGACUACAGGGACAUACGAGGCUGCUCGAUCAAAGUGCAAACUGUUGGGAGGUGACCUUGCGAAGAUAACCAGCAAAGAAGAGCAUGACUUCAUUAGGAACACUGCGAAAGCUGGCUUUUACUUCGUGGGGGCCACUGACCUUCGACUUGGGGGCAAAUGGGCCUGGGAGGGUGAGGCCACAGAGAUCGCCUACAGCGACUGGGCGUCAGGUCAACCAAACAGCGCCAGUGAACACUGCAUGGACCUGAUGAAACGCUUUCACUACCAAAUGAACGACGCACCGUGUGGUGCCAAUAUUAAUUUCAUUUGUGAACAGACUGCCAAGUGUUAAUAUCUGCUUUGUAUGGAAUACUUGUUGGGGCAUUGCUUCGUUGUUGCGCAUUUUAACGCAACGUAGAUAGAGCGAUUGUGCGGAAACGCAACAUAUUUUGUCUUAUAAUGUAUAUCGCGUUAACGCAUCGUCGUCCGUUGGUAUAAAAUCAAAAAUAUUUUCAAAGCACGUCAAUACGACAAACGGUCAAAAUGUCGCGGUGUCGUGCAUUGGUUCAUUUGACACUUUUUGAUUGUUUAUGUAACGGCGCCAAUGCGACAAUGUCCCUUUAAGGAUUCCAUAGUUUUGCAUGUUCUGAACAAUAAACGCGGUGUCAACAAA